UUACGUCCGUCUUGUGUGAAUUUCUACCUUCAUUUUUCUUGUUUCUCUUCCUCUCGCGUUCCCUACGACUCACCCACGCUUCACUUGUCUCAACAUUUGACCGAGAUGAAGACCGUCACAGCACUCCGGAGGUGCCCUCUUCCCCAUUCCUACCGGCCAACAUCGCCAGUGUUCGAUUUCCUCGCACCGUCAACUUUGCGACAGAGCUGUCGCGGAUACAAAUCCACAGCAAAUGCACCUUUCUGGGGCAAAUCGCAUGAUGCGUCUCCAGCGCCCGACUCAACCCCCAGCUCGUCAAAACCCAAAUAUGUCCUCAGUCAAAAACAACGCGAGUUCUUGGAUAGUGCCCUGCGGGUCAACCAGGCUGGAGAGCUUGCCGCUACUUUAAUUUACAAGGCGCAAACGCCGCAGGUCGUGCGUUCCCAUCCCCACCUGCGUCCGUUAAUGAAGCACAUGUAUGAUCAAGAAGCUGGGCACUUUUCGACGUUCAAUCAGAUGGUUGCGAAACAUCAAGUUCGACCAACGGCAAUGUAUCCGAUAUGGGAGGUUGCGGCAACAUUUCUCGGCUGGUCGACCGGAGCAAUGGGACGUGAGGCUGCCAUGGCCUGCACAGAAGCUGUGGAGACGGAGAUUGGCUCUCACUAUAAUGAACAAGUGCGGGAGAUACUGUCGUGGCAGGCGGAGGCGGAACGUAGAGGGGAAGAGCUGGACGAUGAGUUGAAGGAUAUGCUGGCGACGUUCCGAAGGAUCCGCGACGAAGAAUUAGAGCAUUUGGACCAUGCUGUCGAGAAUGACGCCAAAGAAGCCCGGCCCUACGACCCGCUAGUCAGCGUCAUCCGAUUAGGGUGUAGAGCGGCCAUCAAUAUCAGUGAAAAAGUAUGAUCUAGCAAGCGAGCUUGGGUAUAAUUUGGAGAGCGGUAAGAGGUACCAUACGGGUGGUAGACCGCUCAUCGGCUACAGAUCUUUUGUACAAUACCACACUUAUAGUAGAUGUAUUAUAUUCUUGGUUAAGAUCUUGAACAUUGACGAUCCUUG